AUGGAGGAGGAGGAUGACGAAGAAGAGGAUGGGGAGCUGCCACUGCAAGAGGAGGAGGAGGAAGAGUCUGAGGUGGAAGAGCAUGAGAACGAUGAUGAGAAUGCAUCACCGAGACGUGGCUCCUUGGGCACACUGUUCAGAAUGCCCACAUGUAUGCUCGCUUGCUUACGCAGUGACAGGCAUAUCGUUGACAUGGGGGAAUGUUUUCCUCUGCCAGAAAGAGAGGACAAAUUAUGUUACUACCAGGAAACACUCUGGAUCACUGGUGAAAUGGUUUUGUAUCAGCCUCAGGACAUUGUAUCUGUGGAGGUUAAUAGGACGGCAGUCAUUAUGUGCGUGUCCAGUGCAAAGUCAGUCGUACAAAAAUUCUCCUGGUAUCGGAGAAGUAACAAAGACCUGGUCUGUGUGAAGUCAUGCACCAGAGAUAAUGAUCCACACAAAUACGGCUGUAAAAAUGAGAACUACACGGCCAGCCUGGAGAUAUAUAAUGUACAGAUCACUGACUCUGGAGUUUAUUACUGUAUGAAUUAUUAUACUAGGUUCUCUCUAAAAUUUGGCAACGGGACAUAUUUGAAUGUUGGAGACAACUCCACCUCCAGAAGCUCCAUUCAUAUUCUCGGUCAUCUUUACCCUCUGCAUCCUAACAGCUCUUUAGAUCUCACAUGUGUAGUACUUGUGGCCCAUAAUACAGUCCAUCUGCACUGGAACAUCUCAGGAACAUAUUACAAAGGCCGGAUCAUCUGUAAAGAAGAAUCAGAUGGGACAUGGACUGUGAUGAACUUAAUUUCACUUCCCAAGAACAGUUGGCGUCAUGGGGAGAAGAUGACUUGUGAAGUUUGGAUAAACUCAUCUCCUACCAGUGUCCACUGGGAAAUCCCCGAAAAAGAUGAGCUCCAUGGGUGUGCCUAUAACUGUCAAAGCUUCCUGAUACCGGUGGUGACUUCUGGGACUUUACUGCUGUUCAUGUUGUCUGUUCAUCUCAUCAGGACUCUCAAACCCAUAGAUAAUAAAACUCAAGAGUUGAUGGCCAGGAUUAAUAUGAUGGAGGAUGAAAUUGUCUAUUCAGAACUGAAUAUAAACCAAUUUUCUAAAUUUAAAAAUCAACCUGAAGAGUAAAUCUAUGAACGCAAAAAUACACAAAUUAAAGGAAUUUAUUCUUGCAUAUGCAAAUUAACGGAUCUUUGGAUGUGAAUCAGUCUU